CAGUUUCUAAGUUUUUGAAGAAUUCGGGUAAAUAUUGGCAGCCAGACUGUUUGUUUUACCAUCGCCCUGCUGUCAGACGGCCGCCGCACCAGUUCGGUUCAAGUUGAAGGCAAGGGAAUAUUAUUUUUAGCCAGUAGGCCACAGCUAAGUGGCACCCGUGUUCUGUGUAAAAAUUUUGUUUGGCUGCGAACUGCAAAUAAAUCAAAUCGUUUUCAUCCCAAAACCAGAGAACCAAGAGCAGGGAACAUGCCCAUCAUUCGGCUGGAGUCGGCGGACAAGGAGAUCUUCGACACGGACCAGGAGAUCGCCAAGUGCUCGGAAACGAUUCGCACGGCCCUCGAGGAUCUGGGCGAUGAGAGCGACAACAGCGUGCUGCCCUUGCCGAAUGUCAACUCGCUGAUCCUGAAGAAGGUGCUCCACUGGGCCACCUACCACAAGGACGAUCCCAUGGUGGCCGAGGAGGACGAGAACAAGGAGAAGCGCACGGAUGACAUUUCGUCCUGGGACGCCGACUUCCUCAAGGUCGACCAGGGCACUCUGUUCGAGCUGAUCCUGGCUGCCAACUACCUGAACAUCCAGGGGCUGCUGGACGUCACCUGCAAGACGGUGGCCAAUAUGAUCAAGGGCAAGUCGCCGCAGGACAUCCGCGACACCUUCGCCAUCAACAACGACUUUUCGCCGCAGGAGGAGGAGCAGGUGCGGAAGGAGAACGAGUGGUGCGAGGAGAAGUAAUUGAAUGUGGAUUCCUUUAGCUAAUAUUAUGGGGUGCUCUAUAAAGACAUACUCAUUUGGUUAAAAUUCGGUUAUACCAGGAUUUUUGUGUAACGGUAAAUAUCAAAAUAAAUAGAUCCUUGCAAAAUCACA